AUGGUGAACGACGUAGGGAAGAAGAUGUCGUUUGCAAGGGUCGCCGCAGCGUCGACGCCCAAGGGCUCCAAGCCUCCUGCUACCACCAGAGCGCUCGAUUCGGCACCGCCUGUCAAGGAUAAAAGAGACACUGCCGUCUCUAUGGCCGCGCCUGCCAUUGUUUCUACCGUCGCCGAAAACCUCGCCGUAUCAUCGCCCAAUAUGCACCAAACGGCCGGCAAUGAGAACCCCGCCGACUCCAAGAUCGUCAGCGGACUGAAAGACCUCAAAUUGGAAGCAAAGUCGCCGCUCAAUCUCGUUGUCGACGGGUCUCUAGCGGGUAUGCCCGAAAGGCUGAGCAAAGUUAACAACAGCCAGACCCCGUCAGACGACACGUCUCAGCGAGCCGACUCUAGCUCGGAGCUAGGGACUAAGCCCCCCAGUUUAGACGGCAAGAGUAUCACCUCCGGCACGACAUUCGCGCUGGACGAGAAGGAAUCACUGCGGCCCGACGACAGUGCAAGUGUCAAGGCCGCUGCGGAGGACGACGAUGCGUUUUCGAUUCGCGGGUCCUAUAUGGCUAGUUCCCGCAUGGGCUCGGACGUUGCGGCUCGCAUCCAACGUAUCCAAAUCGGGGAUAUGCCGCCGCGGGGUCUUCCUGCCCAUCACAUCUUGGCUGGAACCAAGAACCAGGGUGUCAGCACACCACAAAGCGGCAAUUCGGACAAGCAGGUCGUACCGGAUCCGAAGGUGUCCCUGGUCGGUGGCACUGCGACUCCUGAUGCUCUGGCACCAAACGCUUUCUAUAGCCAGAACCCCGACGAUAAACUUCUCGAGGCAAUGCAGUCACCCAAGGACCGCAUAUUCUUGCUGAGACUCGAGCAGCAAGUCAUCGAAUUUGUUCAGGACUCGAAGAUCCCCCCCUCGUUGUCGAGUAUCGCCACGGUGAGCACGCCCGCCAGCGGUUCACCCGCCCCGGUCGUCUUACCACGGAAGAUCAUGCGCCGUGGCGAGGACGGAGAGUUGGCUAAUCGUGGGACUAUAGACGGCGAAGAUAGCACCGGCGUAUCCCGGGCUAGCUCAGUGUCGGCAAAAGAUAAGCCCAACAACGGCAAGAGGAAGACGAAGCGUCGAGACGACUCGGAGAGCUUUGAGUCGCGGUCUCAAUAUGUUGCCUGGUGUGGUCCUCAACAUCCCACUUGGGGUCCCUCUGCGCCCCAAUAUUUCCCGGUGAACGCAGCCCCGUUCAACGGGCAAUUCCAGCAGCCAUAUCCCAGCGCACCGCAGCCCAUAUACCCGCCAGGCCAGUCAUUCGCGCCGCAGAUGGUGCCCAACAACGGGUUUAACCCUCAAUACGCCGGAAUGCAAACAUACCCGACGCCACCUAUGCCUCCGGCCGUCCCACAAAAUGUCGGGCAAGCUGUACCCCAGGCCGUACCCCAGGCUGUGCCGCCGCCGCCGCCACCGCAGCAGCAGCAACAGCAGCAGCAACAGCAACAACAGGGUUACCGCGCCCCUAAUCCCAUCGGUGGCCCGUACGGCAGUCCUGUGCCAAGCAUCUCACAGCCAGCGUGGCCCCAGCAAGGCUAUACUCAGAACGUAUACCCCCCUCGGUCUAGCCCCGUGCCCCCGCCAGGGGUUCCUUAUGCUUACGGGCAGCUCCCGGCGCACGUCAACCCGAGCGAUCCCAAGAGUCAACAUCCCAUCCCGGGCAGUUAUAACCGGCAAGCCUUCAAUCCGAAAACGCAGUCGUUCGUUCCGAGUAACGGACUUCCUCUGCAACCGCCGCCGCCGCCGCAUGUGUCUGGUCCUUAUGGAGGAUCGAGCCCCCGGCAUGGUAGCCCGCAGUUCCACUCGCCGCACAUGAGCUACGCCGGCUACCAGCAGCCACUGCCACAGCCGGGGUUUGGCCCCCCUCCGCCCGGGCCAUAUGGUAUGACGAGGCAGGGUUCCAACAACUCGAUGCCACCGUACCACGGUGUGCAGCAGCCUCCCCAUAUGCAACCGCCGCUGCCCCACGGCCCACCACAUAUGCCUCCGAACGGACCCAUGCACAUGCCUAACAAGCCGGCAGGGCCACCUCCGGGGCCGGGUCAGACGUUCAGUCAUCUCCCCACCUACGGCAACCCCGCCACAUUGCCGCAGAAGCCUUCCACUUAA